UUAGCUGCACAUUUUAUUCAUUCCAUCUCACACUGAGAAUCUUACACGGGGGGCAUUUCACAGUAUACAACAUGUUGGCUAGCCUCGAACCGAUAAACUAUUUGCAGGAACUUCAUCCUCACAAUCCAUCAGAUGGAGGAAUGGACCUGGAUGUGAUAGAUGAGUAUCUGAAGGAACAGACCAGACAAAACAGCCAGACCCGGGCAGAGGAACGACUUAUAGCCGAAAACAGCUGGUCGGGUCGAUUUGCGUACGAGUGGCAGUAUGGAGGAAGAGUGGCCACAGAAAACAUAUGCUGUGAACAGCAAAGGCAACAACAGCAGGUGUGGAUGAAUCUACCGAGUUAUUCUGAGUGGGGAGGACAGUGCCAGUUUGAUCCCACUCCCUGCAGCGACACAGAUUCACACUCCUCCAGUUCGGGGUAUCAGGAGUUCCCUCCGUCUCCGCCCUCACACUCACACACCGCCGCUUUCUCAGGUAAAAGGAAGGAGCGUCUGUUCCAGUUCCUGUAUGAGAUGCUGCAGACGCCACACAUGCGCAGCUGCAUCUGGUGGGUUCAAUCAGCCAACGGUACGUUCCAGUUCUCAUCGCAGAACAAAGAGAAACUCGCUGAGAUGUGGGGCAAGCGCAAGGGCAACCGCAAAACCAUGACGUACCAGAAGAUGGCACGUGCUCUGCGUAACUACUCACGUACCGGAGAGAUCUGUAAAGUGAAGCGCAAACUCACGUACCAGUUUAACGAAAGAACCCUCCGGGGGCUUCAGAGCAACACACAGAAAUUCACCCAAACCUAACUGUAGCGAUGAGAGGAUAAAAAUCAAAUCCCUUUGAAGUGGGAAUUCACCUGAAUAAUAAAUACUGAGUAUUUGUAGUGAAUUUGAUACUCAUUAUAAUUUUUGCUCAAUUGUCCAAACUGAUUACAAAGUGCAGGUUGAUCGAAUGGAUUUUAUCUCAUAAAUGUUGUAAAAAUGAAAGUCAUCAAAGGAAAUUUAUUUCAGUGGUACACUCUAAAAAAAGAAAGAAAAGAAAAGAAAAGAAAACGUGCAUUUCAGGAUCCAAACAUUAAAAAAUUCUAAAUUUUUGGUACAUUACUGAAACCUUAAAUAAGGACACAUUUACAUUGUACCUUACAUUGUACAAUAAACUUAAACUGAACUGAACUGAACUGAACUGAAGAACUAAAAGUACCCGAGCAGUACCUUUACUUCUGAGUGUGUUUUUAAAUCUGAGGAUUGUCAUGUUGCUCCAAGCUACGUUCUAGUAGUACUACUGUACUUCUGUAUAUAGCAGUGUAGUAGUAAGUAGUGACUUUAAAAAAAAA